CGGCUGUGAGUCUUGUUUGUUUGUUUGGAGGUUGAGUCGGAAGAAGAUAGUGUUGGAUUCCCGAGGCUUGGCAGGGGCCGAGACGGUGUUUGGACAUGUCCCGUUUUUACCUGCCGCCUUACCUGGGCGUUUAUAGCCGGAUCUAAGAAGGCGCAGCCUGCGAGCAAGUCCCCGCGCUGGGCCGACCUACCCUUGGACUUAGUCUCCCAGCGAUGUCUUUGCCCAAAGAUCCCAAAGGAUCCCUGGAGAAGCGAAAAGGAGGAACCAAGAAGAAAAGGCCUCCCAUCCUGAGAAUGCCUUCAGCCAACAAGCAGCCCUCCGUCCCUGCAACACCUCCCAGGAACCUGGAUUCCAGGACUUUUAUUACCGUUGGUGAUAAAAACUUCGAAGUGGAGGCUGAUGACCUGGUUAGCCUUGUCGAGUUAGGGAGAGGUGCUUACGGUGUUGUGGAGAAGGUGCACCACGCGCAGAGUGGCACCACCAUGGCCGUGAAGAGGAUCCGAGCCACUGUGAAUACUCAGGAACAAAAGAGGCUUCUGAUGGAUCUGGACAUCUCCAUGAGGACAGUGGACUGCUUUUACACUGUGACUUUCUACGGGGCCCUUUUCCGAGAGGGGGAUGUCUGGAUCUGCAUGGAAUUAAUGGAUACGUCCCUGGAUAAAUUUUAUAAGAAGGUUCUGGAAAAGCAGAAGACAAUCCCUGAGGAUAUCCUUGGGAAAAUAGCAGUGUCUAUUGUACGAGCACUGGAACAUUUGCAUAGCAAGCUUUCCGUAAUUCACCGAGAUGUCAAGCCGUCCAACGUCCUUGUCAACAAACAGGGGCACGUGAAAAUGUGUGACUUUGGAAUCAGUGGUUAUUUGGUGGAUUCGGUUGCCAAGACCAUGGAUGCUGGCUGCAAACCGUACAUGGCUCCUGAGAGAAUAAACCCCGAAGUGAACCACAAAGGGUACAAUGUGAAAUCAGAUGUCUGGAGCUUGGGGAUUACUUUGAUUGAACUGGCCAUUCUCCGCUUCCCCUACGAGUCCUGGGGGACCCCCUUCCAGCAACUCAAACAGGUGGUGGAAGAGCCCUCGCCUCAGCUCCCAGAUUCUUUCUCGAAGGACUUUGUGGAUUUCACCGCACACUGUUUGAGGAAAAACCCUGCAGAACGAAUGAGCUACUUGGAACUUAUGGCGCACCCUUUCUUCACUCUGCACGACACCAAAGUGACUGAUAUGGUCUCUUUCGUCACAGAAAUUCUGGGAGACGACUCUUAAAAUUUCCGAAGGUGGCUGAACGAAAGGAAAACCAGCACGGCCUUGUCUCGGCUUCUCCCUCGGUGGAGAGAAAGGGAAUAAGAACUUUUUAGCAUUAACCGUAGUUUUGCACAAAACAGAGCGAACGCCUUCGUUGCGUCUUCCCUCAACCAAUUUGUUUUUUGGACUUGUGCGAUAAUUAUAAUAAUAUUAUUAUUUUUUAAAGGGAGGCUUCUUUGAGCAGUACAGUUGUACGUGGAGAAACCGACCUCCAGAAUGCACUCGCGUGCUACCGGAUGAAGGGUGCGGCCUUUGUUUUAUCUUUCAAGUACUCAACGUCCUCUGCCUUGAGUAACGCUGAGUUCCUUUUAAGUGUUUCACUCCCAAACUAGUACCUUAAAAUGCAGCUCUGUGCAUGCUCAGGGACAUAUUACACCCACACAGAGCUGCAGGCAUACAGGGCAGUAAGCACAUGGAUCCUCCAGCCAUGGCUCGUUUCAUGUGCCUUGCAGAUUCUCAUGGCAGAAUCUUAUCCAGGGUUGUGUUUUUGGGGUUGUUUUUUUUUAAGCUUCACCAUACAAAGUUGCCCUGUAUAUCGAAAAUGAAGUCUAGAAACAGAGCACUAGGUUAAAGAAAGAAAGCCACAUCUAAAAGGAGAACGCUAAACCGACAGCCAACCUUUUUAACAAAACUAAGUCUAACUAGUGUUAGAUUUCUCUCUCUCUCUCUCUGGGCUGUUCUCUACUUUCUUUCCAUCCUUUCUAACAUGGAGGAGUGUUUAAAUAG